AUGGAUCAAACUAUCUUAUUCAGGUUAUCAAAUCUUGGAACACCAGUAAAUAAUGAAAAUAUAAAUAAUGGAGUUUUAAGUUUACCUUCAAAUGAUUAUCCUAAAGAUUAUAAACCAGGUGAUAUUAUAUUUAAUUUACAAUUUCAAUUAAAUGCUGCGAGUAAAGUUUCAAGAAAUGGAAAAUUUUAUAUAAAUGUUCCAAAUUCAUAUGAUGAAGAAUUUGAUAGAUAUAAAUAUAGAGAAAUUCCUAUUGAUUCAUCUUUCCAUGAAGAUAUUAAAAUUGAAAUUCCAAUAUAUAAACCAGGUGCUUACAACUACUAUAUAAAAUAUGAAGAUGAAAAAGGAGAACAGACCACAGAGAAAUAUUAUUUCAAUGUUCCACCGCAUUUAUCAAUAAAUGGACAAUUUGUUCCAUUUAAUGAUAUAAAUGUUGAAACAGUAAUAUCAAAAUGGAUUGGAUCAUAUGAUCGUUGGCCAACAAUUUUUAAAAAUAUUAAGGAAAAGGGUUAUAAUAUGAUUCAUUUCACACCGUUACAAGAAAGAGGAGAAUCAAAUUCUCCAUAUUCCAUAUAUGAUCAAUUAAAAUGGGAUCCAACAAUAUUUGGUAAAGAUGAAAAAGAUGCAACUAAAAAAAUUCAUAAAGUUCUAAAUGAUAAUGAAUUAUUAAGUUUAACUGAUGUUGUAUGGAAUCAUACUGCAAAUAAUUCUGAAUGGUUAAAAGAUGCACCAGAUUCUGGUUAUAAUCAAGAUACUGCACCACAUUUAAUACCAGCAAUUGAAUUGGAUGAAGCACUUUUAAAAUUUAGUGAAAAUUUAAAUCAAUAUGAUUUACCAACAUCUAUAAAGAAUGAAUCUGAUUUAAGUCAAAUUGUUUCCAAAAUAAAACCAGAAGUAUUAGAUAAAUUAAAAUUAUGGCAAUUUUAUGUAUUCGAUAGAGAACAAACAUUAAAUGAAGUUGAAAAAUCAGAAACUUCAGAUAUUGAUGUCUCCAACAUUGAUAAAAACGAUUUAAAACAAAUUUCAUCAUUUAUAUUAAAUGAUCAAAAACCAAAAUUAGGUAAAAGAUUUGAAAAUAAAUUAAACAUUAAAAGAUUUUCAUCAACUUUAAACAAGUUAUUUGGUAACACAAACAAAGCUGGAGAAAUUAUUGAUAUUUUGAAUGAACCAUUAUACGCUGAAUAUGAUGAUGAUUUAAAAACUAUUCAACAACAAAUAGGAGAUAGAAUUAAAUUUUUAAGAUUAGAUGAUAAUGGACCAAAAUUGGGAGAAAUUACCAAAAAGCAUCCAUUAACUGAACCAUAUUUUACUAGAUUCACAGAUAACUCAGGUAAAAAACAAGCAUUAGCAAAUAAUGGAUGGAUUUGGGGUGGAAAUCCACUAGUUGAUUUUGCAUCGGACAAAUCAAAAGCUUAUUUAAGAAGAGAAGUUAUAGUAUGGGGAGAUUGUGUUAAAUUAAGAUAUGGAUCAAAAUAUGAAGAUUCCCCCCAAUUAUGGGAUAGAAUGAUUGAAUACACCAAAGAAUCAGCAAAAGUAUUUAAUGGUUUUAGAAUUGAUAAUUGUCAUAGUACUCCAUUACAUGUUGGAGAAAGAUUAUUAGAUGAAGCAAGAAAAAUAAAUCCAAAUUUAUAUGUUAUUGCAGAAUUAUUUUCUGGUUCAGAAGAAAUGGAUAAAAUAUUUGUUGAAAGAUUAUCUAUAAAUUCAUUAGUUAGAGAAGCAAUGCAAGCUUGGAGUGUUGGAGAAUUAUCAAGUUUAGUUCAUAAACAUGGUGGUAGACCAAUUGGUUCAUUAACUUGGUUACCAUUAAGUGAAUUUUCAUAUCCUGCAACAAAAGAACCAACAACAAGAGGUGGUUAUACAGAAUUAGAAAUUCCAAAAGUUUUAACAAGUUCUGCACCUCAUGCUAUAUUUAUGGAUUGUACUCAUGAUAAUGAAAUGCCAGCUCAAAAAAGAACUGUUGAAGAUACUUUACCAAAUGCUGCAUUAGUUGCAUUUUGUUCUUCUGCAAUUGGUUCCGUCUAUGGUUAUGAUGAAUGUUAUCCUCAUAUUCUUGAUGUUGUUAAUGAAGAUAGAUUAUAUAGUUUAAAUGAUUCAAAUGGAAUUGGUAAAGUGAAAUCAAAAUUAUAUAAAAUAAGAAAUGAUUUAGCAAAAGAAAGUGAAGAUAUUGCACGUGAUCAUGAAAUGUAUAUUCAUCAUGAAGGUCAAUAUAUAACAAUUCAAAGAUAUAAUGCAAGAACUGGUAAAGGUUGGUUUUUAAUUGCAAGAUCUAAAUUUCAUCCAAAUGAAACUGAACAAAUUUUAUCACCUUCAACAUUAGGAGGUACUAAAGUUAAACAUGAAUUUAGUUAUACUUUGAAAAAAACUGGUGAAUAUGAAUCAAAUAAAGAAUAUCUUACAGGUAUACCUGUUAAAGUUGAAGAAAUAGAAGAACCAAAAGUUGAUUAUGAAAAUGGAGAUAGUAUAAUUCAUGUAAAUUCUACAUUUGUUCCUGGUUCAAUAUCAGUUUUUUCAACAGAAAUUCCAGGUGUUGAUAUAUCAUUAGAUAAUUAUGUCAAAGAAGGAGCAAUUGAAGCAUCAUUAGAUUUAGAUUUAUAUGACUUAAAUGCAUUAUUAUAUAAGAGUUCCCCAGAAGAAUUAGAUGCAAGUGAAGGUAAAGAAGAUGUUUAUAAUAUUCCAAAUUAUGGUAAAUUAGUUUAUGCAGGUUUAGAAGGUUGGCAAUCAGCUUUAAAACAUGUUAUAUGGUCUAAUAAUUUAGGUCAUCCUAUAUGUGAUCAUUUAAGAGAAGGUUCAUGGGCUUUAGAUAAUGUUGUUGAAAGAUUAAAUAAAUAUGUCGCUAAAUCAAAAAAUUUAGGUAAAUUUCAAAAUUGGUUAAAAGAAAGAUUUAAUGCUGUUAAAAAAGCUCCUUAUUAUUUAAGACCUCAUUAUUUUGCAUUAAUUGUUGGUAUUGCAUAUGAAGCAGCAAGAUUUAGAGUACUAAGACAAUUUAGUAAACAAAUUCAACAAGCUACAAAUUUUGUUCAAAGUUUAGCAUUAACUUCAGUUCAAAUGGUUGGGUUUAUGAAUAAUACUUCUUUAGUUCCCAAUAAAUCAGUUCCUUGUUUAGCUGCAGGAUUACCACAUUUUAGUAAUGAUUAUAUGAGAUGUUGGGGUAGAGAUGUAUUUAUAUCAUUUAGAGGAUUAUUAAUAGUACCUGAAAGAAAUGAAGAUGCAAAACAACAUAUUUUGGGAUUUGCUAAAACUUUAAAACAUGGAUUAAUUCCAAAUUUAUUAGAUGCUGGUAGAAAUCCAAGAUAUAAUGCAAGAGAUGCAGUUUGGUUUUUCUUACAAGCAAUACAAGAAUAUGUUAUAAAUGUUCCAAAUGGUAUUGAUAUAUUAGAUAAAAAAGUUUCAAGAAGAUUUCCAUUAGAUGAUACUUAUGUACCAGUUGAAGAAGCAUUUAAAUAUGAAUCAACAAUAAAAGAAAUCAUAUAUGAAAUUUUUGCAAGACAUGCAAAAGGUAUAAAAUAUAGAGAACAUAAUGCUGGACCAAAUUUAGAUUCUCAAAUGAAAGAUGAAGGAUUUAAUGUCCAAGUUGGGAUAGAUUGGGAUACAGGAUUUGUUGGAGGUGGUUCACAAUUGAAUUGUGGUACAUGGAUGGAUAAAAUGGGAGAAAGUGAAAGAGCUCAUAAUAAAGGAAUUCCCGGUACACCAAGAGAUGGUUAUGCAGUUGAAUUACAAGGAUUAUUAAAAAGUUCAUUACGUUGGGUUAAUCAACUUCAAAAAGAAGGUAAAUUUGAUUAUAAAGAAGUUGAAAAAUCAAAUGGUGAUAAAAUUUCAUUAAUUGAAUGGGAAAAAUUGUUACAAAAUAAUUUUGAAAAAUAUUAUUAUAUACCUGAAGAUUCAAAAGAUGAUGAGAAAUAUGUCAUUGAUCCAUCGUUAGUCAAUAGAAGAGGUAUAUAUAAAGAUUUAUAUAAAACAGGUAAACCAUAUGAAGAUUAUCAAUUAAGACCAAAUUUUCCAAUUGCAAUGUGUGUUGCACCAGAAUUAUUUACAUCAGAAUUUGCAAAUAUAGCAAUAAAUAAUGCAGAUAAAAUAAUAAGAGGUCCAGUAGGUAUGAAAACUUUAGAUCCAUCAGAUUAUAAUUAUAGACCAUAUUAUAAUAAUUCAAUAGAUAAUGAUGAUUUUGCAACAUCAAAAGGAAGAAAUUAUCAUCAAGGUCCAGAAUGGGUAUGGAAUUUUGGUUAUUUUUUAAGAGCAUUUUUAUAUUUUAAAUUUCCCACCACAAAUUCAUUAGAAUUAUUUACUUUAUUAAAUGAUAGAAUUCAAUAUCAUAUAAAAUGGUUAAAAGAAAGUCCAUGGAUAGGAUUAACUGAAUUAACUAAUAAAGAUGGUGAAUUAUGUAAUGAUUCAAGUCCUACUCAAGCUUGGAGUAGUUCUUGUUUACUUGAUUUAUAUUAUGAUUUAUGGAAUGAUAAAAGAUAUAAAAAGUAA